GGAAAAAAAAAUACACACACACACAGUACACACAGUUGGGGUUGGGUGCAUUGAUAAAGCAGAUUCAUCAGAUCUCUCUGCGUGUCCCCCACCACCCUUUUCCUUUAAAUCUUUUUCUCUGAAGAAAGAAAAGAAUUUUCAAAAAAAAAAAAAAAAACACCUCUGUAUUUAGAUUUAGCUCUCUCCGGUUUGUGUUUCCGCUUUUUUAUUUAUUUUAUUUUAUUUUUAAUUUGAUUCAAAAAAGGCAACAAGAACAAAAACCCUUCUCUCUACUUUAAUAUUGGCUCUCUCUCUCUCUCUCUUCUUUUGCUCAGUUGUUUGUAUCAAUCUAUCUGCAGGAACAAAAACCUUAUCGUGAACCUUCAAGCAGGUUUUUUGUUUUCAGAUCUGAAGCUUUGAACUAAUGUUUUGGAGUUACCAGGUUCUUCUUCAUAAGGUUUUAAUCACUCAGAUCUGAAGCCUUGAAUUGACAUUUCAGGCUUACACCGUUUUCUUUCAUCGGGUUCGAAAGAAGUCAACAAAAUGCAGAGGCCUCCGCAUGAAGACUUCUCCUUAAAGGAGACCAAACCCCACCUUGGUGGUGGCAAAAUCACUGGAGACAAGCUCACGAGUACCUAUGACCUCGUCGAGCAAAUGCAGUACCUGUACGUACGUGUCGUAAAAGCCAAAGACUUACCAGGAAAAGACGUAGCAGGUAGUUGCGACCCUUACGUAGAGGUCAGGCUCGGAAACUACAAGGGUACAACUCGUCAUUUCGAGAAAAAGUCAAACCCCGAAUGGAACCAGGUCUUCGCCUUCUCCAAGGACCGUAUCCAAGCCUCCGUUCUCGAAGUCAACAUAAAAGACAAGGAUUUUGUCAAGGACGAUUUUAUCGGACGGGUUGUGUUCGAUUUGAACGAGGUUCCUAAGCGGGUCCCUCCAGACAGUCCACUGGCCCCACAGUGGUACAGGCUGGAGGAUCGGAAAAAUGAAAAGGCGAAAGGGGAGCUUAUGCUGGCUGUUUGGAUGGGUACACAAGCUGACGAGGCGUUUCCCGAGGCAUGGCAUUCUGAUGCUGCAGCGGUGAGUGGGGCUGACGGUCUUUCGAAUAUACGUUCAAAAGUGUAUCUAUCGCCCAAGCUUUGGUAUUUGAGGGUGAAUGUUAUCGAAGCUCAAGAUUUGCAGCCGAGUGACAAAAGUAGGUUUCCGGAAGUUUACGUUAAAGCUAUUCUUGGAAAUCAGGCUUUACGGACGAGGGUUUCAAUGAACAAGAGCAUCAAUCCUAUGUGGAAUGAGGAUUUGAUGUUCGUUGCUGCAGAGCCGUUCGAGGAGCCACUAAUCUUGAGCGUCGAAGACCGUGUUGCCCCUAAUAAAGACGAAGUACUAGGAAGAUGCGGUGUGCCUUUGCAGUACGUGGACAGGCGAUUGGACCAUAAGCCGGUUAAUACGAGGUGGUACAACCUUGAAAAACACGUCAUGGUCGAGGGCGAAAAGAAGAAGGAAGUGAAAUUCGCUAGCAAGAUUCACAUGCGAAUUUGCUUAGAAGGUGGCUACCAUGUUCUAGAUGAAUCCACUCACUACAGCAGUGAUUUACGACCGACAGCAAAGCAGCUGUGGAAAUCGAGCAUUGGUGUUUUGGAGCUCGGAGUAUUAAAUGCACAGGGGCUUUCACCGAUGAAAACGAAAGACGGGCGUGCAACUACAGACGCUUACUGCGUUGCGAAAUACGGACAGAAAUGGGUUAGGACAAGGACAAUCAUAGACAGCUUUUCUCCGAAAUGGAACGAGCAGUACACGUGGGAGGUCUUCGAUCCAUGCACUGUAGUAACCAUCGGUGUAUUCGACAACUGUCACACACAAGGCGGGGACAAAAAUGGAAGAGAUGCAAGAAUCGGUAAAGUACGAAUUCGCCUUUCAACCCUCGAGACUGACCGUGUCUACACCCACUCGUACCCUCUCCUAGUUUUGCAUCCGUCGGGUGUGAAGAAGAUGGGCGAAAUUCAUUUAGCCGUUCGAUUUACGUGCUCGUCUUUAGUGAACAUGAUGCAUAUGUACUCGCAGCCGUUGCUUCCGAAAAUGCACUACAUACAUCCAUUGACAGUUAGCCAGCUCGACAGCUUGAGGCACCAAGCAACUCAGAUAGUCUCGUUGAGGCUGACUCGAGCCGAGCCGCCUUUGAGAAAGGAGGUGGUUGAGUUCAUGCUCGACGUCGGGUCCCACAUGUGGAGUAUGAGGAGAAGCAAAGCUAACUUCUUUCGGAUUAUGGGUGUUUUGAGCGGUUUAAUUGCGGUUGGAAAAUGGUUCGAUCAGAUAUGCAAUUGGAAGAACCCAAUUACGACAGUGCUUAUCCACAUACUCUUCUUGAUAUUGGUCAUGUACCCAGAGCUAAUCUUACCCACGGUAUUUUUAUACCUUUUCUUGAUUGGCGUGUGGUACUAUAGAUGGAGGCCGAGGCACCCGCCCCACAUGGACACGCGUCUCUCUUGUGCCGACAACGCGCACCCUGAUGAGCUGGACGAGGAGUUCGACACUUUCCCGACUUCUAGGCCCGCGGAUAUUGUCCGAAUGAGGUACGAUCGUCUGAGGAGCAUUGCUGGCAGGAUUCAAACGGUGGUUGGUGACCUGGCAACUCAGGGGGAGAGGCUGCAGUCAUUGCUGAGCUGGCGGGACCCAAGGGCCACGGCUUUGUUUGUCAUCUUCUGUUUGAUUGCUGCGAUUGUUCUGUAUGUUACGCCUUUCCAGGUGGUGGCGCUUCUGACGGGGUUCUACGUUUUGAGGCAUCCUAGGUUUCGGUACAAGCUGCCUUCUGUGCCGCUCAAUUUCUUCAGGAGAUUACCAGCAAGGACGGACUGUAUGCUGUGAGUGGAAAACAAAGGUGUUUUUUUUUUUCCCGGUGGCGUUUAUGUAAGAUUGUCUCUGAAACUUUUUUUGCAUAUUUUGGUUGGUUUUUAAGGUUUUCUUUUAUUUGUUUAGGAUGUUGGUUUUUGUGUUCGAGACAGAUUUGGUGGUCGUUUUAAUUCAAUCCGGACUAUCCCUUUUUCUUUAUUAAAUCAUCUAAUAUGAAUUUUAAUGGUAUAAAUAAUGUCGGUAAAAAGUUGUUAGCUUUUUACGACGGGCGCGAUACUUGGCCGUGAAUUGCCAAGCUAAGUUGU